CCUCCAAAAUAGAACCCCGCGAUGACUUCAAAUCUGCAAUCACAGACGAAAAAAAGAAAAAUUAAUUUACAUCCUCCCCGCUCGUCCGCACCAUGCCGUCCGACCUGACCGCGCCGCCGGUUCUGUCGACCCCCGACGACAACCUCCUCGAAGCCCCCGCCGCCGCCGACCACAAGUCCUCGACCAUCUCCGACGACGCCCUGCGGACAACGUACGAGAUCGCCCGUACCGUCGACGAGGUCCGCGCCGGCGGCUGGUGUCGGAUCGGCCUCCAGUUCCCGGAUUUUAUGCUCGCCGAUGCGCCGCGCGUUGUCGAGGCGCUCGACAAGGACCUGGCCGCCGUGGAGGAUGGCCCCGCGAAGAGGCGGAUCUACGUGCUCGCCGACAGCAGCUACAGCGCAUGCUGCGUGGAUGAGAUUGCGGCGGAGCAUGUUGCUGCCGACGUGGUGGUUCACUACGGGAGGACGUGUCUGAGCCCGACCAGUCGCCUGCCGGCCAUCUACGUCUACACAAGCCACGAACUGGACUACGAAGCCACCAUGGGCGAGAUCAAGAAGGAGUUUGGCGACAAGGAGACGAAGCUGGUGGUCAUGGCCGACCUGACGUACCAGAACCAUGUGGCAAAGCUCGUCGACCAUCUCAACGACAGAGGAUACACGAAUGUGGUAGCGACGGACGUGGUACGCGAACCGGCAGCGCUCAUUCCCAACCGGACGAUACUGGGAGAGCCCAUGGACGAGGAGCACUGGAGGUCGUACUCGCUCAUACACAUAUCUGACCCUCCUGCUGCUCUACUCCUCGCUCUCCAAUCCCGUUUCGCCUCCCUCCACAUCCUCUCCACGCCGUCUUCAGAGAGCCCGUCCCUCACGAACCCAACGAUGCGCACCGCCGGAGCCCUCCGCCGCCGCUUCGCCAAGGUGCUGUCCCUCGCCUCGGCCGGCGUCAUCGGCAUCCUCGUCAACACACUCUCGGUCGCCAACUACCUCUCGUCCAUCAAGCUGCUGCGGGAGAAGAUCGCCAAGGCCGACAAGAAGAGCUACACCGUCGUGGUGGGGAAGCUGAACCCGGCCAAGCUGGCCAACUUUUCAGAGGUCGAGGGCUGGGUGGUCGUCGGGUGCUGGGAGAGCGGCCUGGUCGAGGACGAUGCGUCGUACUGGCGGCCGGUGAUUACGCCGUUUGAGCUGGAGGUGGCGCUCAUGAGUGAGGAGGAGCGAACCUGGGGCGGCGAUUGGUGGGGAGGUAUCGAGAAGCUGAGCUUGAUAGAGACCAGUGAAGAGAAGGGUUCGGAAGGUGAGAACGAGAAUUCAGAGACCGUCGAGGACGAUGUUCCUGGAGGUGUUGAGGGCGAGGAAUCCGAAGCCCCCGAGUUCGACCUCCGUACCGGCAAGCUCGUCAGCCACAGCCGACCCAUGCGUCUCGCCGUACGACAGAACGGCGACGCAUCAGACUCAGCGGCUUCCAACGGAACCAACGGGACCCGCCAGUCAGGGGCCCUCGUCAAGCGAGUGGUGGGAGAGUUGGCCAGCAUCAACGGCGUGGCCAGCCCCGGUGCCGAAUACCUGCGGUCGAACCGCACGUGGCAGGGCCUGGGGACGGACUUUGACAACGAAGCGAGCACGCUGGUCGAGGAGGGACGCAGUGGCAUCGCGAGGGGAUAUCAUGUUGGGGAGGAGGGCAGCCGGCACUAGGGGGCAUCAAGCAAUAAGGACACCAUACGGAUAUUUGGUCCAUCAAACUGGAGUUUAGGUCACAGGAAAAGGUCAAGGACAUCAUAUAGUAAAAUUCA